GCGUAGCUGUCCAAAAAAUUGACGGCCGAAAGGUUCAUUUUCAUUUUUGGGCAGUCACGAUACAAAAUUUAGAAUGCAGCGCACCAAAACCUAUAGUGGCGCUGCAGUCACACACGUAGUUCUGAUGCGGUGCAAAAGGUCUCUCAGUGUACUGUUAAAUAUUUUCUAAUGGACCUGUACCGACAAAGAGGGGAAUACAAAAAUCAGACCUCUCUCUCGGUUCGCGACUUUCAAUGGCAGAAAGCAUUCCAUAGAGUUCCAUAGAGUUUAGUGAGGGCAGGCAGGCAGCCAGAAGGUGUGAGUGUGCCCUUAACGUUUGUUUACGUUACCAUGGAAAUAAAUUUACAUUUAUAUAUGCAAUUUUUAAAUAUUUUUUUUUAUUUCAUAAAUGAACAGAAAAUUAAGAAAUUCUAUUUCUUAGAUUGAUUUUGGCGAUUUAUAAAAGAAAGAACGAUUUAAGAAUUUAGGAAAAGGUUUGAAAACAAAUGAAAAUAUACAAAUUCGAUGGUUCAAUUGUUUCAGUAUAAAUGAAAGUCUAUCAGAUUUAAAUUACAUAUCAUCGCAUGUAUCAAAAGCAACGUCAAGACGUGUAAAAAAAAGUUUUCUGAAACAAAUACAAAUGAUAAGGCAAUUAAUGCCACCACCUAGUUUUUUAUGCGAUUCAAAAUAAAAGAUUUGCAUCCGCUGAUUCUCAACAAGAACGAGUUAAAUUUCAUCGAUAAUCAACUAACGAAAAUAAUUAUUUUUCUCGAGAAAAACAAAUUCUCAUAGAUUGUAAUUCAUAUAUAAAAAUUUUUCGUAACAUUUUUCCUUCGAUUCAGAUAUGGAAAAAGAGAAAAUUGUCGAACGACAUUUUUAUCAAUGGAGAGUCUUUCUCAAUGAUCGGGGAGAAUUAUUGAUUAAAGGAUUACUCAAUAAUGAAAUAUGGUCUCGGAGUAAACCAGUUGCAGAAAUGUUGUUAUCAAAACAACUUAAAUCAAAAUAUCAACACAUUUAUCAUCUUCAUGGAUGUAUUAUCGACGAAAAGAAUGAAUUACCAAAAUAUAUUUAUCAAAAAUUCUAUAACGGUUUUCCUGACGAUUGGCGUAACGUUCAUGCAAUAUGGAAAAAUUACAUUGCUCAAGGAAGCAAAGAAAAUUUUCACUGGCCAAUGAACUUUAAUUAUAUCAAUGACAAUAGUGAAAUAACAGAUAAUAAACAAAUGCAAAAAACAGAAAAGAAAUUUCAAGAAUUAAAUUUUAUGGAGAAAUCAACACCACAACAAUCAUCUGAUUAUAAUUGUGAUUUUCAACACGAGAGAAAUAAAAAAAUUGUCGAAAAUCAUCGAAAUAAUAUAAAUAUGAAAAAAAAUCAAUCAAUUCAAAUAAAUAGAGAUUCCCAACAAUUUAGCGAAAAAGAAAAUAAAAAUUUACAUGAAAAUCAAAAUCAAUUUAAUGUCACUGACAAUCGUUCAUAUUCUGGUAAUUUGUACACGGCAUUAAAUUAUGCUCUAGAAUUAAAAGAUACUAUUUUCCAAGAUAAACUUACAAUUAUCACACAAAAUUUAUUACAUGAUAAAUGUCCCAAACAAUAUGUUCAAUGUGUUAGUAAAACAAUUGAAUAUUUAAAUAAUAUUAUUUCUGUAAAAAUUGACGAAUUAGAUGAAAGUAAAUUAAAAUAUGAUCAACCAUCUAAUUCAAAGAGAAAAGUCGAUAGUAAUGAAAAAAAUGAUUCCAACGAAAUUAAUAAAAAUUUAAUGAGACAAAUUACAAUCGAUAAAAUUGAACAAAGAAAUAGUGAAAAUAAAAUUAAUGAGAACUUGAUGAAAAAAUCAAAAAUUAACAAUGAGAAACCGAUAAAUUUAAAAUUUGAUAAAAAUUCUGAAAACAACGAAAUGAAAGAAACAAAUUCAGAAUGUGAAAUAUAUGCCGGUGUGCAUUCAAGUGUCAAUGAUGAAAUUAAUAAAAUUUCAUCAGAUAAUGAACAUCUUUCUAAAACAAAAAUCAAGGAAAAUCGAUGCAUUAAUGCUGUACAACAACAAAAUUUGCCAGCAAAUGAUUUAAAUAAACAUAAAUUACAACAAAAGCCAAGAAUUAUUAAGACAGAAAUAGUAAAUUUCUCUAAUUUCAGAAAAUCUCUUAAUCAUUUUUCAAGCAGUGAACAAAAAGUAAAUCAAUGUAGUAAAGAAACGAAUUCACAAAUAAUUGAUCAAAAUUCAGAGGAGAAAAUUGGAGAAAAUUGGAAUCAAGAUUCAUUUGGUUCACAGGAGAAUCCAAAACUCUUAAAAAAUUGGAAUCCACUUGUCACAUUUGGUGGGAAAAAAUGUUAUCUCACCUUCGAGGGAACUUUGUUAAAAACGGCUGGCCAAUUAAUGAAAAAGAAAUUCACCACGAGUCAAGUUAUAAAAAGAAUUUCAUCUAAUGUUAUCGAGACUGCAGAUUAUCAAUUUUAUAAAUUAGUUGGAGAGAUAAAUAUUAAAAAAAAAGUUGUGCCUAAAGAACUUUUGCCUCAAUGCAGAACCGGUUGUCCAGUAAAUAUUGAUGAAUUCUGUGCAACUUGGUUGAAACUAAAAGGAGACGAUGAACGAGUUAUAGCGAAAGACGGAGAUACUGUUUUUAAAUCAGGCAAUCCUAAGGAAAAAUUUGUAACUUCAAUGGUUGGUAGUCCCAGUAAAUGUCGGAAAUCACCGGAAAAAGUUGUAACUACUAAUGAAACAGAGAAGGAUGUUUUAAGUGCAGUAAAUGAUCGAAACGUUAAAAAUAAAGUCGCGCGAAAAUUAAAAUUUGAGUCAGGCGAAAGCAAAGAAGAAAAAACGAAAACUAUUAAUACUCGCAGAUCUCAUUUGUAUGCAUUAAGGAAACGACGAAGAAUUAUAUAUAAUGAAAAUGAUGAUGAUGAUAAUGAUGUUAAUGUUGGUGAAAAUUCCCCAUCUCAUUUGACUCCAUUAAGGAAACGACGAAGAAUUAUCUAUACUGAUGAUGAUAAUGAUGUCAAUGAUGGUGAAAAUUUCCCUGAGAAAAUUAAAAAUGGAACAGAAAAACCUAAACAAUUGUAAGCUUUUUUUUAAAUCCUUACGUAUAUUCUGAAAAAAAUUUAAUUAAUUAUUUAUUAAUUAAAAAAAUAUAUAUAUAUAUAUAUAUAUUAAGAAAAUAAGAAAUAAAAAAUAUUUAUGUAUAAAAAAAAGAAAAA